AUGGGAGUGCUGCGCGUAACUCAAUUAGUGCGCGGUCGAGAUUCAGAGACUCUGAAGUCUCCGGUAUCAGUGAUGGUCGCGAUAGCGAGCGUCGUGCGACUCGGAUUUAUCCUAUUUGCGUGCUCGUUUUCAUCGGGAGCCUCCGAUAUGAGGCUGUGCGAUACGAGCGAUAGAAAUCGCGUUCUCGAGUUCAGACCGCGUGCGGACAGCAUCAUGAUUGAAGGCGUUUUUUCCGUGCGACGGCCGGCGGAGAUGGUCGUGCAGUCGGGUCCUGCAUUCCCUGUUUGUGUUGUGGGUAAUACGACUAACGUCGACUCUUUCUAUCGUUUUGGAGUCGAGCAAGUUCAAGCGUUUCUCUUUGCUAUUCAUCUGGCAAAUCUGAAGGCGACCGGUUCGAUGACUUACGGUCACCGGAUAUAUGACUGGUGCGGCUUGUUUUCCGGGCUGUCAAAUGACUGUCGAAUGCCGACAUCUGACGCCGUCGUUGUCGCUCCUUUGUGGGGCGAUUUUGGCAAGCAGGAAGAGGCUGGAAGCGUGGAGAGUCUUUACAAGCGUUUGUCUGGUGAUGGUGCCGCGCAGGUGGGGGUCGUGUUGAGUGGAUUGGAGAACGAGCCGGUGUCUAGGGGAGCAACGCUUCCUACUGUUGUCUAUCUGCAGCAGUCGUGUGCUUCUCAGGGCCAAGCGGCUGUCGAGUUUCUGCUGCGAGCGGGAUGGACAUCAGUAUCGGUGAUUGGCAGCGAGGAUUUUUGCGGAGUCGCUGCCGUGGAGCGUUUUGUCGAGCAGGUUAGUGAGGUCGAAACUGAUAGCAAAUUAAAUGUUUCGUAUUACUUUGUUGGAGAGUCUGACGGUGCUGAUGCGUCCGAGAGACGCAGCGUGACGAACGCUUCGUCCGAGAUGAACAUACCAACACUGAAUCACAGCCGCGUGGCCGACGCUCUUUCUCAAACCGUCUCGACGUCGAUGGACGAACGCGUUGCUGUUGUUUUGCUAACAAACAGGAAGGAUGCGUACAACGUUAUCAAACAAAUGGCGAAUCAACGCAUCGACGUUGCUCGAUUUCUAUUCUUUCUCGGAAACUUUUGGGGCAAUCCGGAAACUAUUGAGCGACUAGAUGCGGUAUUGCUCGAGUACUUGAGUGUCAACUCGACGGGUAUUGUCAACGUGAAGCUCCAACAGCAUCAAGGCGUCGUCGAAAGGUUUCGGAACUAUCUAUCCACACUGAAGCCGUACUCCAUCUAUCUGACGAGAUGGGCGCGGCAGUACUUGGAAGGGUUCUACGACUGCAGCGUUGCGAAUCGUUCGUGCGGCGAGUCUGAGACGUGGCCAAACGCGCAGCACACUUUGUUUCCAAACGACCACACGUCCCGCAUUAUCGACGGUGUCCUCGCCUUCGCCAGUUACUGCGAGGAGACGAACUGCAGCACAAACGGUACCGCACAGCAACACUUCGACACGCACCUCUUCCGUCCUGAUUUUACAAGUUGGACAGGCAAUAGAGUGAGCUACGUUUCUGUGGACGACGUCGACACUGCGGGCAGAGCAUUGGAACCGUUGUUGUGGAGAUACGAGUUUCUAGGCUUCCGUCCUGCAACCGACCGAUCUGGCUUCAAUCUCACAAUGUUAGGCAACUGGACGAGACAACUACUAAACGAAGGGAACAUCACGACCACACUGAACGUACAAACUCAAGAACUAUGGACCCCGCCUUCUACGUUUAUCGACAAAAACGACUUUAUCGAAGUAAACGAGUCUAUUGAUAACAAUGGGUACCACCCACCUUUUAAGUCUCUUCUCGUUUUGCCCUGUUCGAUCAUCAUUCUCAUGGUGAUCGUAAUCAUCGGGCUUUUCUUCCACAAAGGAAUGCUUCCCGCCAUUUUAAAACUCGUCUACACCGACGUCGUUGCCGUUCUCGCCUGCCUCGCUGGUCUCGUCGUUUCAUUUCUCGUCGCUCUCGACCUGCUACCAGGCGAGCACUGCGACGACCUCCGAGUCGACUUUGCUGUUUCCGUCGUUUCUACGGCCUGUUUUGCGUCGAUUCUCGUCUCCUCGAUGUGCCAUCGUUGCCGCUUGCUCAACGUGUGGGACGAAGAGUCCAACAUAAGUCGUUGUUUCUCGACGUUGCGCUGCCUCGCUCCAGCCGUCGUUUUGAUUCUUAUUCUAACCAUUCAAAUCGCUCUCUCCGCCUACUCUUGCUUUAUAUCUGAAGUGGCAAUACGAUCUACAGAAGACUUUGACUCUGCAUGUUCUUCCACUCGGGAUCACGCCACGUUUCUUGCGUCUUACAGUUUUUCGAUCCUCGUGGGCGUUCUGUGCGCGCUCGCUUCGCUCUUACCACCCGGAGAAUGUCGCAGCUAUCCAUUCCGUUGUGACACGCUAUUCGCUCGCAUCUCUCUUCUCUCACUCUCUGUUCUCUUUCUCUCUCUCGUCACAUCUUAUCUCGUCGUCGACUCCUACUCCAUCCGUGUCGGCCUCCUCGCCACCAUCUCGACCAUUCCCGCCCUUUUUCUCUUUUUCAUCGCGCUCGCCAUCUUUAUCCACGUCCGAUGGUGCUACAUCCACUUCGCCACUAACGUUCCAAUCAUCAUCGAGCUCAUCGACCCUCUCAUGGCCAGAACGGCCGACGUCUUCUCGAACAAAUACGCAAACACGAUGCGCUCGUCGGUCGGCGACGAGGACGCUCGCCGAGCGACAAUCUCGCGUUGCUUUCCAUUCCAACUUCAGGAUCAGGAUCUUAUCAAUCAAGUUCGACCCGUUUUCAUUAAUCCCGAUCGUAUUGGCAUCGGUGAGUACAUCGGAGGCGGGAAUUUUGGGCAGGUUUUUAGCGGGACUCUCGACGGGACGACCCAUGUUGCCUUGAAGACUCUGCGGGGCUCGUUCAGUGCAGAGGAGUUGGAGGAUUUUCUCAUGGAAGGAUUGAGGAUGAAGGAUUUCGAUCAUCCAAAUGUGAUGCAGUUGAUCGGUAUCGGAUACGGGAAAGUCGCCGUCAAUCAGGACCCGGAUUCGAGUGUCGACGUCAUGCCGGUUGUUGUGUUGCCUUAUAUGGCGAUGGGCGAUUUGAAGCAGUAUCUGAUUGAGGGACGUCCGGGCCGAACGAGGCACAGCGACUAUUUUCCCGAGCCGUUGUUGGAUCGUCUGCAGAUGGCGUUGCAGAUUGCGAAUGGCAUGGACUACUUGGCAUUUCACAGAAUCGUUCAUCGAGAUCUGGCUGCAAGAAACUGCAUGGUUGAUGCUGGUCGACAAGUGAAGGUUGGAGACUUUGGGUUGGCCCGUGUAGUUGACGGUCUUUAUUACAAGCAGAAGAGAAGCAUUUGUCUCCCUUUCAUGUGGAUGUCGAUAGAGAGUCUUGUUGAUCGCAAGUUCUCAACGUCGUCGGAUGUUUGGUCUUACGGUGUCACACUGUGGGAGAUCAUGACGUACGGACAGCGACCAUAUCGAGCAGUAAGCAGCUCCGACGCGCUAGUGGAAUUUCUAGUCCGCGGCAAGCGACUGCCUCCACCGGAUCACUGCCCUUCCAAGAUAUAUUCUCUCAUGGCGUCAUGUUGGUUGGCCGAAAUCCACGAGCGAACGUCAUUUCCGAGCAUUUCUCGAGAACUAGAAGAAUAUAUCUCCACGUCGCUCGGCUGCGAGCCGAGCAGCAGAGAGGCGACUCUCGCCAACCACCGACCCCGCAUUUCUGUGCAUUUAAACAUUCCAGAAGUCGACGUCUUCUCCUAUUCUUCAGUCGACGGAGACGACGAGGAAACGAGAUUGAGACGCCAGUCAAAUUCGAGAUACAUCGGUAUCUACAAGGUACCGCGUCCGGUCGAGCGCAGCAUCACGGGCGAAGGGAGAAUGUCGGGAUUCCAUGAAGGCGACUGGUGGCACGCAACCGAGAUGGCCGCUAGGCAGCUAGAAGAAGGUCGCUUGUCUAGGUCAACUAGUCCGCACUAUGUCAAUGAAAACCCGGCAGAUGACAGAGAGGAGACAAAGGCUCAUUCCUUGUCAUCCGGGAACGCAACUAAUGGGGCAGCCAAUCAAGAGGGUUCCGACUACGUCAACGCUCCAUUCAUUUCGACCCCAAACGAGUCGCCGUCGUCGACUGCGUGUCGAGCCUCCGAGUCUACACUCGACGACGAAAACGGCUACGUCAAGCAGAACGUCUAUCCUUCGGACGUCGCGAAUGACCGUCACAGCACUGGGAGUAGCGUCGAUUUCCCGGAUGACGACGGUACGUUUAUCGGUCGCAUCCGAGACAGCGGGAUCACUUCCGGCGGCGACACGUCGGACAAGACCGCCACUCCGGAAUACGUCGACACCGACCAACCCGUCCGGCGCAGUAUGAUUGUAGGUAGAGACAAGGAGGAAUGCGACAGCUCGAUUGAAUCGUCACCCGAAUACGUAAACGUAGUGACAGUAGUUGGAGUCGAUGGUCGAGCCGAGUCGUCAUGCUAACACAUUGCAUCGCGGAAUCAUUCUCAAUUAUAGCAUAUAAUGUAGUUUGAAAGAGAAGAGGACUUGAUGACGUUCGGACGUUUUGUCAAUGAGGACCGUAGACGAGACAAUAAGUAUUGAUAUACAUACUCAUGAAUGCAUUCCUCAACCAGUCUAGCCAUGCAAUUAACGUUCUUUAGUGUAUUACCAUUGAUAUCAGCGACCUGCUAUGGUAAUGAAGUAAAUUUU